AUCUGUUUUCUUUAGAGAAAUUUACGCAUUUUGCUCCGUCAUCCGUGAAAAAUAGCCUCGAUCCAUUUCUGUGACUUAAGGUUGCUCCUAGUCAUGUCCCAGGACCACGGAGUCAGUGUUGAUUACAGCAGAGUCUAGAAUGGUUUCUCUAGGCAACGGAUGGAAAAAGGAGGAUUGACGGAGUCUGUGUGAAUUCAAAGUGAGGUCCGUUCUUGCAGGCGAAAAAAGCAGCGGGAACUGACGUCUGGAAUCGCGAGAUCACGAGGUCGCGCGAGAGUAGCAAGCUCACUCGCGAAGUCGUGAGCUCACGCGAUAGUAACUAUUAUGAAUUCGGAGAGGCUCACUUGAUACAGAAUUUUUUAAAUUUUUCUUGCACGGUCUCCUCAUUUGACGUGACCUUUAUGUCUCUACGAUGGUGCCACUUAACAAGAAAAGAGCCCUCGCGAUUGUUCUCCUUCUCGCACUGAGGAGGAGGAGGGAACGAAAGAGGCGCUUUUGGGUGCAUCCCUUCAACCUGCGAAGGAAGCAGAGAGGGGAUUUUUAUCACCUUGUGGCAGAGCUGAGGCUGGACAGGAAUCGCCAUCAGGAAUACUUCAGGAUGAGUGUAGAGAAGAUGGACGAACUGCUGUCUCUAGUUGGUCCUGAGCUCAGGCGGCAAUCAACCUCUUUCAGAGCCCCUAUAGAGCCCAAACAAAGACUGGCAGUUGGACUAAGGUACUUGGCCUCUGGGGACUCCAUGGUCAACCUUGCUUGUAGCUAUCGGCUCGGUCACUCCACUGUGAGAAACUCUGUUCACAUGGUUUAUUCAGCCAUUGAGAAGGUAAUGAUGGAGCGUUUCCUCCCCAAACCAACAGAAGACACGUGGAAGGAAGUGGCACAAGGCUUCUGGGAAAAGUGGAAUUUUCCAAACUGCUUCGGCGCCAUUGACGGAAAACACAUUUCCAUACAGUCACCGCCACGAGCCGGCUGUCAGAACUCCAAUCAUGACAGAACUUUUGAAAUCUUGCUAUUGGCACUUGUGGAUGCUGACUGCAGGUUCCGAUUUUUUCAGGUUGCAGACUUUUGGAGAACCGAUGAUGGAGGGAUGUUUGCUGGGUCCGAUCUGGCGAAAAGCAUAAAAAGUGGAACUCUCCAUGUGCCACCCAGUGCACCUCUGCCCGGUGCAACACAUCUGGGUGAUGUACCAUUUGUCAUGGUGGGUGAUGCAGCUUUCCCGCUGAAGACGUAUCUGAUGAGGCCUUACCCUGAAGUGAGGCUAAAUGGCAAAAACAGAAUAUUUAACUACCGACUUUCGAGAGCAAGGAAAGUGGUGGAAAAUGCUUUCGCCAUUCUCGCAUCACGGUGGAGGAUUUUCUUUCGUCACAUCAACCUGCAACCACAACGUGUCGAAACGCUGGUUGCUGCGGCAUGCAUUUUGCACAACUUCCUGAUAGACCCAAAUGAGAACCAGAGAAUCCUUAAUGAAGCAGAGCAAUUAGGGCACCGCAUGGCAGCAGUGCAAAAUAUGGGUGGGAACAGGUCAUCAAAGGCGGCCAUUGGUGUCAGGGAGACCUUGACCACAUUUUUCAACUCUGAUGAGGGCUGUGUGCCUUGGCAAAGCAAGAUGAUUUAACAUCAUGAACCAAAGUAACUUUAAUGGACAGAAUUUCUAGGGCCAGCCAAGGUAUUGAGAGGGUCAAUUUCAGUGGCCUUAUGGUCCUGUUUCUAUUAUCUGCACAUGAUGUGGUUCUAUUGGCUUCAUCAGGCAUGAUCUACAGCUCUCCCUUGAGAGGUUUGCAGCUUAGUGUGAAGCAGCUGGGAUUUUUUAUUUUUUUUUUUGUGUGUGUUAGAAUUCUGGUGUCAGUGAAAAGUAUUUAUUUUGUAAAUAUAUGUCUUAAAAUUUUUUUUUUUUCAUAGGCCUCUUAUAACGAUAAAGUAUGGUUCCCAGAACCUCCCUUUGAGGACAUUCAGUGGUCCUUCCACACAGCAUUGUAACCUCUCAACAUUUCUCAUGUCAUUGGCAUAACUACAUUUUUUUUAAUGCAUUUUGCAUUUCUAAAAAAAAAAAAAAAAAAAAGUCAGAGGGGAAGACUGGAAAAAAAAAGGCAUCUAAUAGAUUAGAAAAAACCAAAGACAACCACAUCACAUUGGAAGUAUUAGGUCAGAACCUCUGACAUUUCAUCACAGAUAAUUCAGACAUGGAGUGUCUAGAGUUAUUUACUGCUAUGGACAACAAGAGGUUAAUUCUAGAGGUAGGAAAACAAAACAUUUUCUACAAAGCCGCUUAUCCCCUAUGGGGACAGCAGAAGGAAAUGAAAUGGUAUGAGAUUUAUUGUAUAAAACAACUUUGAACUUAAUGUUUUUCCCGUUUGCAUUUGGCAAAUUUUCAAAAAUAAAAAUGUCUACAUUUUUUUGAA